CAUCCGUUACGUUUGACAUCAGCCAACGAUCGACCAACAUAUACACGCAUCCCGACCGCGCACGUAUUGAGCGUCCGCUACAGCGAAAUCCGUACGAUCCCGACGCGAUCUCGAGAAUUCAUCGGCUGGACGACACGACGCAGGCGGCAGAUGGGCAGAGUCGCGUGAGGACUGUCCGGGGCUGUUUGGCCUGCUGAGCUUCAUCGGAGCAGCUUCUGACUUCUGAACAACCUGUUGUCCUGCUCGAUUUUUUAUCUCUCGAUUCACUGUAAUAACCGCAGCAAACAUGGCGCAACCACAGCCUCAGAUGCCGCAGCGGGCGUUCUCGCCCCCUCAACCCUCCCCCUCUCCCGCCGCGACGCAAGCAGGCUUUGCGCUUCCUCCUAAUAAACGACCGCGACUUUCACCUGGCGCAACCCCCCAACCCGAAUCUCCUUACUCUACUUCGCCUUAUGCAGCAAGUCCGGGCGCUCCCGUCACACCUUCCACUGCUGCGACAUCCGCCGGAUCUCCUAUAUAUCCCAGUGCGGCGCAACAGCAACCGCCUCAACAGCCGCCGCAACAGCAGCAGCAACCUCAGCCUCAGCAACCUACAACGCCAGGCUACGCGACACCAUACGCCAACGGCAACACCACUCCGGCUCUUGCCUUGCCGGAUACGCGACCGACUCCUCCUCCGCAGGUCACUACUCCUCAGCCACCAGCGCCGCCUACCCUUCCUCAAUACACCACUGCCACUUUGGCACUUGGCACCAACGCGCCAGGCACACCCAUCCCACAACAACCGUCGACACCGGGGGCUAUGGGUCCACCUUCGAGACCUCCCGACCGUCCGCAGAAAGAGUACGAAUACGAUGUAACGGACUCGCUGGCUGGCACGGGCAUCGACUUGCGUGCCGAAGAGCAGUUCCUGUCCGAACUCUACGUCCCCGAGUCGAGAACUGGCUACCCUCCAUACCCUCCCGGAAACAAGGGAAGCUUCUAUGGCGCGGGUCCUGCGAACCAGCCUGCUCAGCCGGCUGGCACCGACGCCCAGAGCCAACUGGUCGCACAGGCGGCGGAGAAGGCAUGGCAGGAGUCUGCGAAGCGCUUGGCACAGACCAGGACUAUGGAGCUUAACAACGCCUUCCUGCAAGUUCCCGUGGUGUUUCGAAAGGCUGAGAAGUUUGCCAAGGACCAGGGCUUGUCGCUCAAUCUGGAGAUCAAGAACAGCAACCAGCCGAUGGGCCGGAUGCGUCUGCCUGAGGAGUUCCCAGCGCCCAACGUGACGGUUAGCACCAAGAACGGACCCGACUCCACCGUGGUGACGACUUCUGGAACUUGGAUUCCUCAGGAGGCCUUCUUGGUUGACCAGUUGGCCCUGCUUUCACUUGCCACCAAGCAGCGACUUCGAACCCUCAUGGAGGACUCGAACCGGAUUGCCCAGAUUCGACAGGUAUCGUCGCAUGGCGAAAUCCCCGAGGAGUGGCAGACGGCUGCAGCACCGCUGAAAAGCGCCACGGAGACGCAGGAAGAGGACGCGACGCAGCAAACGGCGACCGAAGAUGGCGCCAGUCCUCGGCCAGGCAACCUGAAACGUCCUCUCGAAGAUGCCACCUCCAGCCAGCCCACCAAGGUGCAAAAGGUCUCUGCCACGAAUACCAUGAGCCACACUGUAAGAGAAGUGGGUAAGGCUGAGCGAGACUGGGAAGAGAGACGACUGCGGAGGCGCAAUGCCCGCAAGGACGGAACCACCGAGGCUGGGGCAACGCCAUCCCGUGCUGGCUCGGUUGCGCCCGGAACACCUGGUGGUUCGGCGCCUGAUUCGGAGAAGUCAAUCUCUAAGAAGGAACAGAAGAAGCUCGAUGCUGUCAAGAAGGCAGAGGCUAGCAGCCAUGCGAAUCAGAACAUCACGAGUAGUAUGUUCGUCGGCAUGCCCAAGACGGGAUCACUUUUUGGAAAGAAGAAAGGCGGAAAAUCGUACUCGUGGAUGACGGGCGGUGCCAGCGGUGCGAACACGCCGAGAAUGGGCACGCCUGGAAAGCCGGGUGGCGCAGCUGCUUCGGGACCUCCUGCACCGGCGAACCACGCGCUGACGGUCGAAGGUCGGGCACGGCUCGGUAAUUGGCGCGAAGACAAGGAGAAGGGCAAGAACAUCCAACUGCGAGAUUGGCUGGCUGCUCUUGAGGGCGACGAGAUUGAGCUGCGGGCCAUGCAGGCGGCUUACGACAAGCUGGACACGUCAGAUCCCAAGUAGGAUCUCUGUGUGACAUUUCAAGCGAUCGGCAACCUACGCUGGGCAAGCUUCAGAGGGCCAUUUCGGAUUCAUAGGAGUGAGUCAACCUCCGUGUUGUAUUUUUAUUAUUUUAGCAUGGCGUUAUGCAGAGGCGGCAUGGUCAAGAAAGAGGGUGGUGAUCGGCUGCAUAGUAGCUCUCAAAGGGGGACGGAUAAAAGCAAUGCCAAUCAAACGGGGUCACGAGGACGCAGAGAAGGUCUACAGAUCAUGGAGAGUGAACAGAAGGAUGGCCUCUUACCCUUAAUGCGCCUGGGAAGCGGCCAGUGAGAACUUCAGCCAGGGUCUGAUCUCCAAAACAAAAGAUAACCAAACAUCGAUAAAUGACUAAACGUUACUUGCC